CUGAAAUAUAAUUUCAAAAUAAAUCUGGUGCGGAUCUCGAUACCUAUAGUUAUCAUUGAAAUGUACUGUAUAUUUCAUUAUCAAUGUAUGUUCAAUCAUUUCAAGGGUGACAUAACUCAAUUUGUGACUGUUUAUUAUUGUUUUUAUCAGUGUAUCAUUUCGCGAGCACAUUUUCCCACGUUGGAGCUUAAUUAACCUUAUCAACGACUGAAUUUAUCUGCCAGGUAAAAUAAUUUAAUAUCUUAUCAGCUCAGCUGGUUGCGUUUCACGGAUUACUGCACAUUUGGUGAACACUUCUGUCAGUGUUUUGUGAAUAAUUCAUUAUCCAGAAAAACGCUAUGGUCGUCUACCUCUGCCCUGCCGACAGAAAAUACACAUGUUCCUGGGAAGGCCAAGCUGAAGACAUCCUCCAUCACUUUGAGCUAGAACACGAUGAUCUCCUACAUUUCAGUGACACCUUCACCAUACUCCCCAGCGUACCCUCAGAAAACAGACUACUCCUCAUAGACGAAGAAAUAUAUCUGGCACAAGUAAAGUGCCAGCAAAAAAGCCUGGACAUUCGUCUGAGAUAUCUAGGACCCACUCGCCUAGCUAAAAAGAUAUCUUACAACUUACUUCUGCGAGUUGAUAAUGAAUUGGUUCCAGUUGGUGCUAUAAGUGUGCAGGACGGUAGCUACAUAGUGAAUUUGGACAAGAUUCAAGAGGCUUGCAUCAGAUGUACUCUGAACGUGACAAGGGCUCAGACUACUUCGGAAGAUGAAGCUGACUCAAUUUGCAUAAAAAUGAGCUUGGAAGAAACAGCGAGUGAAGCUGAUAAACCUGAGGUCGAGUUAAGACAGAAGCCUUCUGAGAUUUCACUAUCGCGAUCCAGAACAAUAAACUGGUUGGAUACGAAGAGAAAACUAGUAAGUAGGUGCAAGAGCACUUUGAGCUUGGGCGCCAUAAGUGAAACUGUGCAGAACUGUUCAAACUGCGGCAUCCAUCUUGUUCCUCCGAUUUACUUUUGCCCCUGUGGGCAGAGCUUCUGCGACCGUUGUCGAACAAGCACUUGUCAAAGCUGCAGAAGCAGAGUUACCGAAGACAGAAACUACGGACUGGAGACGAAGCUGAGCAGGUCGCCGCUAUCGCCUUGCAAGUAUCAGAAGUUCGGAUGUCCAUUGAAGCUUUUCACUAGUGAUUUGCGUGACCAUGAAACGCACUGUGUUUUCUGCGAAUACAAAUGUCCUAUAGGAGAGUGUAGCUUCGAGGGACAGUUCAGGAAUAUGGUGAAGCAUUUGAAGGUGAUACACGGCAGCACGAAGCUACUAGAAUGUUUUUUCGUGUCCUUCCAAACCCACCCUGAAGCUUUCCUGGCCAUAGAGGAAAAAGGGAUAUUCUAUUGCCGUAUGGUGUUCCGGAAUGCAACUUUUUUGUUCGAGGCUAUAUUCUGUGGACCCCCAGAGAGAAAAUUUUUCUGUGAGCUGCGAUUUAAGGAGGGAAAGAUGAAGCAACCGAUGAUGUUACACAGGACGGAAAAUGUAUACAGGGUGGAGAUUUCUCAGAUGGAAUUGAAGAAAAUGAAGCUGAAAGCUAAACAUGCUCUACUGACGAUAACUGCUUGAUACCUUGGUAGUCGUCAAGGUGAAUUGAUAAAUAUGUGACAAAAUAUAUUGAAUUCGGGGCGAAACAUCGAUGAUAUUUCGAUUACGUAUCCAUGUUAUCGUUUGAAAUUCACCAGCAACUUACCUCUACGGACAAUCUAUAAGAUGGCUUCCUAUGGAAAAAUAAUUUCAGAGAAAGACUUGGGAUAUUCAUGUCCUUCAUAAAUGUCAUAAUUGUGACUUCCUGGAUCGUAUUUUUCGAAAACUCUUUCAGAAUCAGAGAGAUCAGGAAAAACACUACAAGUGUAUCUUUAUUCUUAUACUGUACGGCACACUUCGACCCAAUAUCGAACAAAAUGCCGUUGAACGUUUCCAUGAUUUCGCACGGGCAUAUUGUAGCCACAUAUCGUUCAUGAAAUUCAUCCAAAGCCAUUUCUUACAUAUUGGUGUAUCAUUGGAGUUAGAAAGAAAACUUUCAAAUAUGAACAUAAAUGAUUCACAACUGAAAUCUGCUUCUGCAUAGUGAAAUAUGGAAAAAUUAUACUCAAUAUGAAGAAUUAUGGCUCAGGUAGAAUAGUUUUAUCCGAUUCAGAUAUACGUGCCAACUCAUACUACAUAGAAGUACUUUCAAAGAACUAUUGGAUAUGAUCUCAUUGCAUGUGAACUCUAUCAAUCAGUGAAUUAAAUUGUGAGUUUGGUGUUUUCACGAUUCAGAAAGCACUAAAAAAUAAGGUUGUGAUGGAUGUGAUUAAAUGGAUUGGAAGAAGUAUUUCCUAUCAACAGUAAAUGGGGCACCACCACAUUACUCAAUACAAGUGAGAGAAUACCUAGAGCGCCAAAUUCUCUAAUCGCUGGAUAGGUCGUGGCGGCCCUCAUUCUUGGCCUCCUAGGUCCCUUUAUCUCUCAGUUUCAGACUAUCAACUUUAGAAAAUAUAGAACGAUCGGUAUAUCAUAGUGAAGUCAACACCAGAGAGGAACUGAGGGAGAGGAUAGUUACAGAUUCAGAUAUGAUCAGAAAUAAUAGGCAAAUCAUUCAAAAAACGAGAGAUCUCUCGAAGAGAUGCAGAAAACGUGAAGAAGUUGAAGGACAGUUUGGGAAUCUUCGUUGGAAAAUAUCAAGAUGAAGACAAAUCCUUUCCAGAAAUUUUUUAUUGUUUUCAUAUUGUUUCCAAAAAUUAAGUCUGGUCCUGAACUUGUUUAUUGAAAAAAACAUAUUCUCAACUUUGCUGUUAUAUCAAUAUGCAAAAAAAAAUAUUGCAAUACUUUGAGUCGAAUGUAGAGAGUAAUGUGCCCGGGCAAAAUCGAAGAAACAUAUAUCAGUAUUUUGUUUGAUUUUUCUUCACCAAAUCGAUCGACGUGUGCCGUACGAAUUGAAGAGCUGCAACUUGUUGUGUUUUUCCUGAUCUUCUUGAUUCUCAUGAGAGUUUUCGAAAAAUACGAUCCAGUAAGUCAAAAUUGUAACAUUCAUGAAGAAAAUGAAUUUCCCAAGUCAAGCUCUGGAUUAUUUUUUCAUAGUAUGUCAUCUUAUGAAGUGUCCGUAGAGGUAAGUUGCUGGAGAAUUUCAGGCGAUAACAUCUUCGAGUUCCUGAAAUAUCGUUCAUGAGAGUUUCGCCCUGAAUUCAAAUAAUGCCCUGUAUUUUUGUCACGAAUAGACUUGGUAUGUUUUUUCACAUAUAUAUCAACUCACCUUGACUUCCUUCAUCCGCCAUUAGGCUAUAGCUGGUUAGUCAUGACUUACCCUGUAGAUUGAUCGAAGAAUCUACAUCUGUCAGUGUUUUUUCAUUUCCGGAUUGAUAUAGUAAUAUAUAUCACUAGGGAAAUCAAUCAGCUGUCAGUAAAUAAACUUCCAAAUUUCCAAGCUUC